AUGCCGUACGCGCUACAAAAUCGCAAUGUCCUUGUUACCGCAGGCUCCAGAGGCCUGGGAGCAGUGGUCGCCCAAAAAUUCGCUGCCGAAGGCUGUAAUGUUGCAAUCAAUUACUUCACAAGCCAGGAGGCUGCCGAAAAGGUUGCGUCGGAUAUCCAGGAACAGUAUGAGGUUAAGGCCAUAACGAUUCAGGGUGAUGCAAAUAUCCAGAGCGAGUGUCAGAGCAUGGUCCAGAGUACAAUUGAGCAACUUGGGGGGCUGGAUAUCCUUGUUUCGAAUGCCGGCUGGACCAAAAUUACGACAUUCAGUAAUCUCGAUGCCAUGGACGAGGAAGACUGGGACAAGUGCUGGUCGGCCAAUGUGAAGGGGCAUCUGUGGCUCUUCAAGGCAGCACUUCCCACUUUCAAAAAGAAUCCGGACGGUGGUGUCUUCCUACUCACGUCAUCGGCUGCAGCUGUUUCUGCGUCAGGAAGCAGUCUGCCAUAUUCAGUUACCAAGGCGGCGGGUUUACACUUGGUCAAGUGUCUCGCGCAGACUCAAGGAAACAAGGUCCGCGUCAACGCAGUCCUACCAGGUCUGCUUCUCACUGAGUGGGUACGAAGCAUAGCUCAAGAGAAUGCGACAUCGAACUAA